ACAGCAGGAGCGCACACUGUCCACAGCCGAGCAGUGAGAGUGCAGCGCGUCCAGUGUGUCACACCGGUCAGUGACACACGCACAGAGUGCACACCUCUGCGUCCUUCCACAGAGGCACAACCUCGCGGCGCACAAUGUCUCCAAACACCCGCGCGGUGUUUUGUUCCUUUUACGCUCCGUCUUAGCGCGUCUUCCGGUGGGAACGUGAUGUCCUCGACGCAUUUUCUCCGGAGACUGUGAAGUGGAAAGGGAAGCGCAGCUCACUGAAACCAUGUGGAGAGCGGCCACGUCCCUUAGUGGGAGCACCCGAGGCAGAGAGCGACACUAGCAUCAUUUGCGCUUUUUUUUUUUUUUGGAGACAAAAAGAAAAAAAAAGAUCAGUCGAUGAGGAAACAAAGAGAGACGAGAUGGUAGAGAAUGGCCGCACCUGACCUUCUUGACCCAAAGUCUGCAACCCACAACUCCAAACCUCGCCUGUCCUUCUCGACCAAACCGGUCGUUCUGAACACCCCAGAUGACGAUGAUGAGUGUGACACCCGGACCACUGUGAUGAGGUGGAAAACAGUGUCAGCCAUCUUCUUCUUGGUGGUGCUUUACCUCAUUAUUGGGGCAACGGUAUUUAGUGCGCUGGAGCAGCCGCACGAGAGCUCCCAAAAGCUGGCCAUUCUUGCAGAAAAACUGGAGUUCUUGGCGAUGCACGCCUGCGUAAACUCCUCUGAGCUGGAGGAUUUGGUCAAGCAAGUGGUUUCAGCAGUCCGAGCAGGUGUGAACCCUUCUGGAAAUUCAUCCGAUCAGACGAGCCUCUGGGACAUCAGUUCCUCCUUUUUCUUUGCUGGGACUGUUAUCACCACAAUUGGAUUUGGGAACAUCUCUCCUCACACAGAAGGUGGGCGGAUCUUCUGUAUCAUUUACGCUCUGCUGGGGAUUCCCUUAUUUGGAUUCUUAUUGGCUGGUGUCGGGGACCAGUUGGGGACCAUUUUUGGGAAGGGCAUCGCCAAAGUGGAGAAGAUGAUCGUGAAGUGGAAAGUAAGCCAGACGAAGAUCCGUGUCUUCUCCACGCUGCUCUUCAUCCUGUUCGGGUGCCUCAUCUUCGUGGCCCUGCCUGCUGUUAUCUUCAAGCACAUCGAAGGCUGGAGCACACUCGAGUCCAUCUACUUCGUCGUCAUCACUCUCACCACGAUCGGCUUUGGAGACUUUGUCGCUGGCGAAAAAGAUGGGUCAGAGAGUCCAGAAUAUCUGGACUACUACAAGCCCGUGGUGUGGUUCUGGAUCAUGGUGGGCCUGGCGUACUUUGCUGCUGUGCUCAGUAUGAUUGGAGAUUGGUUCCGGGUCAUCUCCAAGAAAACUAAAGAGGAGGUUGGGGAGUUUCGGGCUCAUGCAGCUGAGUGGACAGCAAAUGUGUCAGCAGAGUUCAAAGAGACCCGCCGGCGGCUCAGCGUUGACAUUUAUGACAAGUUCCAGCGUGCUGCAUCCAUCAAGCGCAAGCUGUCAUCUGAGCUGGGCAUUAACGCAUCCAUCAACCAGGAAAUCACCCCUGGCAAGAGGACGCUGUCGGCCAACCUGUAUGAGGACAGGGAGGCUUACCCCAGCGUGACUCUCUCCUUGAGUCCCGUCAUGGGCGGCCUGUCCAGGAACGGCAGCCUCUACCUGAACGGCCUCAGUCCAGACUAUGCUGACCGGCGAGAGAUCGCCAUCAUCGAAAAUCUGAAAUAAGUAAAUAGAGAUUUAGGGAACUGAGUGAAACACGUCUGGUAGUGGACAGAGCUUACAAACACACACACACACACACACACAUCUGUGCUUACUGACUGAGAAUCUGUGAGAAGGUACUCCUGUGCAUUCAUUAAGUGGCUUGUGCUCCAGUCAUUUAUUGAAAGCCUUGAGACUGACUUAAACACAGAUCGAUUGUCAAGACGUGUACAUUUAUGUGAGUGUUUAACACUUACACAAAAGCUCGCCGUGUGUUAGCUCACAGAUUCCAGUCAUUCUACCAAGGAGUCCAACUUCUUUUCGUUACGUGUGUGCCAAAAUGACAGCUGUGCGACUGACUGAGACAUAGCAGGAGCAUGAUCCAGACUGGAACUAAUGAUUGUAUAUCAGGCAUGAGUUUAACAAACUUCUCAUAGCCCAUGUUGAGGUAGAAACACACUGGACAUUUUCUCAAAUACUCACAAACAAGCCCGCAAAUGUACAGAAACAGAGACUUAGCAAGCAAUAGUCGUAUCUGUGCUCAUCUGUUGAAUUUUCAGAGGCCCUGAAAUCUGCAUCAGAUAAAGAGGAUCCUUACUGGAACAAGCACUCCAUCAACAACAGUGAACACUGGGUUUGGCCAGGCAGCAGUCCUGUGCUAACACAAAGGAAUGUGUUAUUUUCUUUUUAGUUCACACUUCUUCCAGUAUGAAAUCAUAUGCCUUGCAGUCCCCACUCAGUCCGCCCUCACUAAAGAGACGAAUGUUGACAUAUUUGUCACUCCAUGACUGAUAUUCAGCUUUUCACCCUAAGGAAUAAUCCGAAUGUGCCUUACUAAAAACCACACGGAAAGUGUGAGGAUGGUGAUGCAUGAAAGAUUGAGAAACACUUUGUCUGCCUACUGAUUCUUGUUAUAUAUGAGCACAGUUGUAAUGAAGACAUAUAUCAGAGGCAUCUUGGGAAAAAAACAGUAUGAAGUAGAGGCAAGUGGAAGGAGAGGACGUAGACAUGUUUGAAUGAAUCUACAGAAUGCAUGGCCACUGAGUGGAUAAACAGAUGUGACCAACAACCUGAAAAAUGUUACAUUUCUGUCUGCCAGUGUGAAUUAGCCAUUUGCUAGCAGUCUUAACGUGCUGAGAUACUUACACUUAUCACACAGUGCCAGGCUCGUUGGUCAGACUCUCCCCUAUACCAAAGUAAUGAUCUUGUUUUUCUGACAGAAGAAUCAGAGUGUUCUCCAGUCUGAUCAAAGGAUCAGGAGUGCUUUCUGUUAUUUAUAAACCCUGUCCAGCAGGUCUCCAGAAAUAAAGCCCAUUGCUAUGUUUUUUUUUUUUUUUCAUGAAACUGAAAAAAAGAGCCUGGUGCUCGAGUAUAAAUAAAUCCAGUGCAUGUAUGGUACGGUUGCAAUGAAAGCUCUGAGUCUGUGAAGCAUACAAUAUCUUUACCUUACUGCUUUUCAUAAUGUUGCAGCUCUCAUCACUACCUUUAGAUUUAAAGUUAAAGAGAAUAUUUCCUCAGCUGGUAAAGAUGAGAUCCUUUAUGUAUUGUUACUGAUGAAUGUACAACAUCAGAAAUCUCGAUUUGAUGUAAAUCCCUGCAGUGACUACAUUACCAAAAUUUUAGAGGUCUGUGAUUUGCAUCACACUGAUAUAGCAGCAUUGAGUCAAAUGAAUGCCUCUCUGUGGCUGAUUUGGUCAUGAUUAAAGAUUAUGGAAACUGAAAUGUCAUGGUGGCACAGUUAAUAUCUCACUGUGAUUCUCAGUACAGAAUACACAUUGUGAGUUCACAUUAUAAAGUUCAGGAUAUUUCUGCAAGAAUAGGAAUUGAUUGCUUUUGAUUACAUUAUUUUAGGUUCUGGCCUCUCCCGGUGGAAUGGUUUGGAUUGUGUGUCUUACUGUAUGAUUUUAUUCAGUGCUUUUAUCCAGCAAGAUAUGCUGUAAUAUUCUCAAUACAUUUGAUAGUGCUAUUUACAGUUUGUAGCAUUAAAAUACAUUUACAAUAUGGUGGGACUUGCAAGACAGUAUGCCAUAUGUGGCAAAACAAGCCUACUUGUCUGCUAUACCAAAUGUCUGUAAAUUAUAUCUUGUGUUAAAUGGACUACAUUUGUUUUUUCGUUACUCUGCAUUUCAGGGCAGCUUAGCACCCUCUCUGAUUUUAUUCCGUCGCUAAAUGGCAGGGACUGGUUGCACCAGCUCUUUGUUAGUUUGAACUUAGUCUUUAAAUAUGAGAUUAGAAGAUUUAUAAAUAACUAAAUAAAAACAGAUUGCACAAAACAAUGUAAGUUAUACAUGCAAACAAACAUAUUUAGUAAAUAUUUACACUCAUGAACUGCCAUAUGUAAUGGUUCCAUAGCUAAAUGAAUUGGUAUUACCCAUUUAGAGUUUAAACCAAACCAACACGUCUGAAUUUCACAAAAUUAACAAAUUAUACCUCAAAUUAAAAAAAAACAACAACAAAAAAAACAAAACAUUGUGCCAGUGCAGUCACUCUAAACAACCAAAUAACACCAGCUGCCGAAUUACAAUAUAGUCAAAUAUUUCCCUAUUCAUUUUAAACUGCAUACCUUUACUAAUACCAAACACAUUUCUCCAUAAUAUAAAAAUCAACAGCACCACACAAACUUGUUGAUGGGCUUACAGAUAGCUGGUGCAACCCUGUCUAGGACAGUAUCAGCAGGUUACAAGAUAGCUCUCUUUUCCUGUUGUGAAUGUCCUGUUUUUCUUGAAAGCGUGAGCACCAUUUUGUGCAAGUCUGAGUGACUGUACUCUAAGGUCACCAGCUGUCAUGUGUAAUCGAGUCAAAGAGUAAGUCACAAAGAUGUUAUGAAGAAAAAAAGUUAAAAAUAACCAUAGGAGACUCUUUCAAAAAUGACUGUGUUUCUAAAAAUACCAUUAAGGUCUUCUUGUGCUUUUGCAAUCAAUAGCAUCAAAACACUUCACAAGGAUACUGUAUGUUGUAAGGACACCGAAAGAAAGACUUCUCGUGCAUCAAUGCUGAGGUGUCUGGGGAAAAGCAAUCCUGUCCUUUGUGCAGCUGCUCAAAGCGAAGCCCCCAAGAGUCGUCCUAUUGCUUUUUCCCAGUCGACUGUGCGAUUGACAGGCACUGAGAGACGAGCUGUCAGUGCUGAGGAGAGUCAAGGAGUGCUGUCAAAGGAGUGUUAUGUAAUACAUCAGGCUAAGUGAGGCUGGGUGUGCAUGCUCACAAGUGUGUGCGUGUGUGUGCUGGGGUUUCGAGAAAACUCAUUUCAUUUCCACCCACACAACCAUUUUCACAUGGCAUCCUCUUGUUUGCCCAGCAGGACAGUUUUUUAAUUAAGUCUGUGGCUGCAUCAAAAUCCCAGUUCAAGCAUGUUGAAUGUAUCUAUCCAUUCAUGACGGCAGAGAUGAGCCUCAUUAUGAAUGUAAGCACAUGAUUUAACAUUGUGAUUCAUGUAUGCAAAGAAGUUCAUUUAGCUCCGUGGCUAUUUUGGCUACAGACAUUUUAAAGCCACCUGCCCUGAUUUAUUUAUAAAACACAAUGACAUUAAAACAUGAUUAUGUACCAGUAAUGAUUAUCAAUAGUAGGGAACAGUGUUAUCAUGUGAAAAUCAUGAACUCAUAAACUACAACUUUGGUUUAGUCAGCCUCCUAAAAUGUAUGCAUGAAUAUCUUUUUAAAUGAGACCCCUUAUGUUAAGGACCCUGACUGCAUAUAAAGAUGGACAACAUUAAAAGUGAAGUCAAAACAUCAGAGUACAUCUCCAGUACAGGUCUUAACACCCCCAUGUCAGCACAUUGGACAAGGGUCACAUUAAAAACACAUCAAAUACAUUAUUCCCAGUGAUGGUUUCUGUCAUUUUAGGUAGUUUUUGCUACACGGCUGUGUGUUCAAGUGUUAAUUUUUCUGAUAACUUAUUUUUUUAAAAUUAAGUUUUUAAAUAAAUGUAUCACAGCUCCACCACCAGAUCACUGCUGCACAGACUCCAAAUGACAUAACCACCGCAAGUUGGCAAUACUUUUUGACUUCACUUUUGUACAGUGGGAGGAAGUGGAGACGGACAGUCCAUCUUUACGUGUGUCAGUGUUCAAGGUUAACAAAAAUCAAGAGAUCAAUCUGUUUUUUCUGUCGUUUUUAAAUUCCCAUUAAACUCAUCUGUAAAAUCCAGUAUACACGUGGGGGCACACAUGCACAUUUUUAUAAGAAUCAACAUAACUUCAACAAGUGUUGCAUGCUACUUUAAAUGUUAUUUCCAGUGUUUAUAAUCGCAGGCUUUUCUUUGAUUAAGAAAAAAUGGCAACCAUGUGUUUCUGGUAUGUUAAUGUUAUUGUGGAUAUGUCACCUCAACUCAUGGCAAACUUUU